AUAAAAAUAGUGUUGAAAUGACAAACUUUCUGCUAAUCGAAAUAAAUCUAUAAAAUCUAAAGUUUGACAAAUGAAUAUAUUUUAUUGAUUUAAUUAAACUAUAAAACAAAUAAAAGACGAAAAUAAAUUUUUUGGUAUAUGCUGAAAACCCAUUGUCAGUGAAUAAUAUAGUGAUUUCGUAUGUCUUUACAUUUUCAACAUAUUGCUGUUAUUUUCACUCCCUUGGAGAUCUCUUAAUAUCAAAUAAUUGUUUUGCGCAAUGACGAAGUAACAAACAUGGGCAUAUACCUAUUCGUUGAAUACUUAAUAAUUUUAUAAGUUUUUCAAUUUAAAUUGCAUCAAUAGAAACUCUAGAUUUUAUUAUAAAUUUAGAAUUGUUUGUCGCUCUUCUAUCAAUCAAUGAUUUUUAUAUUUGGUCACGUGAUAAAAAAUUUAUACCGCCAAAGUCACACGUGUUUGAUUUUCCUCUGUUUUCAUCACACUUUACUGAUUUCAUUGCAUGAGAUUUUGAAAGAUGGGUGCCUACCUGUCUGUUCCAAAUGUUGAGAAGGUGUCUGACGACUACGAGGGCGAGACUAUGUCCUAUGGCGCUUCCUCGAUGCAGGGAUGGCGAAUAGCUCAAGAGGAUGCCCACAAUGCUUGCAUGACCUUUGACCCUGAAAGAAAGACAUCUCUGUUUGCUGUUUACGAUGGACAUGGAGGAAGUGAAGUUGCGCAGUACUGUUCAUCACAUUUGCCAGACUUCCUCAAGGAACUCCAAUCAUAUAAAGAAGGCAAUAUCUCACAAGCCUUGGAGGAUGCUUUCCUGAAGUUUGACGAGACACUAACACGGGAGGAGGUUGUGCAUGAACUUAAACAGAUUGCACAGUUAGAUGAUGAUGGUGAUGCAGAUGAGGAACGAGAAGAAGCUGCUGAGCUGGUUGAGGAAGCAACAAUGCCUAUAGAAGAUUUACUUGCCAAAUAUGGGACCGAUGGCCCUCCGUCAAAGGUUGAUGCUAUCAAAGAAAAACCAGAUGUGUUAUCUCCCAUGUUGAAAGGCAAGAAAGGUGUAGGCAAAAAAUCAAAGAAAUGUACUUCUAAUGGGAAUUCAGUAAAUGGAAAUUCAGUAAAUGGAAAUGGUGAUGAAAUCAAAAUCAACCUUGAUGCCCAGUUGGCAAAUGGACACGCUGAUAAUGAAAACAACCAAAAUAUUGAAAAAGAACGUGCUGAUGGCACAGUUAAAGAGGAAACAAAAACUGAGGCUGAAAUUAAAAGAGAAAGUGCUGAACAAAUGAUUAAACAAAUGAAAGAGGAUUUGAAAAAAGGUGCAAGUAAUGACACUACAUUGAAUGUCAAAGACGGUGAAGAAAAAAAUAUGGACACUUCAGAUAAUAAAGAAAAAGAAUGUGCUGAUGGCACAGCUGAAGAAGAAACAAAAACUGAGGCAGAAAUUAAAGCAGAAAGAUUUAAACAAAUGGAUAUUUUGAAAAAUAAUAUGGACACUUCAGAUAAGAAAGACACUAUAGAAAAAUCUGAAACUAUAAAUAGUGAAACAGACACUGUAAACACAUCAUCAGAAAAGACAGAAGAUGUAACACCAGAUACCGUAGCAGAAUCUAAGGCAGGUGAAAAACCAUCUGAAAAGAAUGAAACAAAACCAAGCAGUACCUCAAGUGGAAGUUCAAGUGGUGGAUCUGGAUCCAAUAUUGCAUUGGCAGGGACAACCUUCAAGUCAAUAGAUGAUAUAGCAGAUGAAGAUUCUGAAGAAGACAGUGAUGAUGAAUAUGUAGAAGGGCAAGAGGAGGAAGAAAGUGAUGAAGAGGAUGAGGAAGAAGAUGGGGCUGAAGACAAGGAGGACGAAGAUGAGGAUGAUGAUGAUGAGCUAGAAGAAACAGAAUGUGCAAGUGAAGAGCCUGGCAGUGACAGUGGUUGUACAGCAGUGUUAGCUCUCAUCAAAGACAAUGAGCUUUAUGUUGCAAAUGCUGGUGAUUCUCGGUGUGUCCUGAGUCGCAAUGGUGUUGCCAUGGAGAUGUCAUUUGAUCAUAAACCCGAAGAUGAGAUUGAGUUGAAACGAAUUCACGCGGCAGGGGGAGAAGUGACUCCUGAUGGGAGGGUCAAUGGAAAUCUGAACCUCUCAAGAGCUAUAGGUGACCAUGCUUACAAGACUACCAAAGACAUAGCUCUAAAGGAUCAAAUGAUCACUGCACUUCCUGAUGUGAAAUCCACCAAACUAGAGGAAGGAGAUGAAUUCUUGGUGCUGGCAUGUGAUGGAAUAUGGAACUGUCUAACUAGUCAAGAAGUUGUUGAUUUUGUCAAACAACGACUGCAAGAUGAGAAGAAACGCAAAACUCCCUCCAUUAUAUGUGAAGAGAUAUUUGAUAGGUGCCUUGCGCCAGACACAAUGGGAGAUGGAACAGGCUGUGACAACAUGACAUGUAUCAUCGUUGUUUUUAACAAACUCUCUGCACCCACUGUCAAACGUCCAUCUUGUACUCGUGAACUUGAAGAUGAGAAUUGUCCUAAAAAACUUAAACCCGAUGAGGAGGUUUCCGAUGAGAAAUGAAGCUAGCUAUGCAUAGUGGAAUUAUAACGUGUAUUACUUACUAUACUAUAAGGUUUUAUUGCAAGCCCAGUCUGCAAAGUGCCAAGACAAAACUGUUGAGUGCGAAAUGAGACAUGUCAGUGUAUCUUAACCACACUGUGGAAGUGACCAUUUUUGGCCAUAUAAGGAGAGUUCAGGCAUGAUUGAUUCGCUGUACUCAUGAAUGCCAUUAUAAUUUUCAAACGAGUUCUAUGAAACUUUUAAAAUUAUCUAUUUGUAUUCAUGAAGCAUGGACUAUGACAUCCUGUCCAAUAUAGAGCAUGAUUUAUUAGAAUGUAGUUUGAGGAUCCAUAAUAAUCACUAUCAGUCAUAGCAGUCAAAUAUUUGCCUAAUAUGUUA